AUGACCGCCGACGUCUACGAGGUGAAGCCGCAGACGGCGUUCGACGUCGAGAAGAACGACCCUCGUUACAUGGAGAACCAUACCCCGACCAAGCAGUAUGACGCGUACGAAGUCCAACCUGUCUUGGAGGAUGAAGGAGAGGAGACGAAGCGUUCGCUCAAACCGCGCCAGAUUUCCAUGAUUGCUAUUGGUGGUGCCAUUGGUACGGGUCUGGUCAUCGGUUCGGGUAGCUCCCUUGCAAACUCCGGCCCAGUGUCGGUCUUCAUUGCCUACGUUAUCAUGGGCAUUGUGUGUUUCGCGGUUCUCCUGUCCCUUGGUGAGAUGUCGACCAAGUUCCCCUCCAAGAAGGGUUUCGCGGGCCACGCCACCCGCUGUGUCGACCCCGCUUUCGGCUUCUGCACUGCGCUCGUCUACCUCUGCAAGUACCUUAUUCUCUCACCUAACCAGAUUGUCGCUGGUGCACUUGUUAUCCGCUUCUGGAAUGCCGAGAUCAACUCGGCAGCCUGGGUCGUGAUCAUGAUCGCAUUCGUCGUCUCCAUCAACUGUCUCGGUAUCAAGUGGUUCGGUGAAGUCGAAUUCUGGCUUUCGUUUGUCAAGAUCUUGACCCUUACCGGCCUGAUCAUCCUCUCGCUUAUCAUCAACCUCGGCGGUGUUCCAGGCCAGGAGCGCCUCGGCUUCCGCUACUGGAAAAACGGCAGCGCUUUCCUCCCUUACAAGAGCGAUGUCCUCGGCACUGGCGCUCUGGGCAAGUUUGCUGGCUUUGUCAACGCUCUCGUCCUCGCCCUCUUCGCCUACAUGGGCACUGAGCUCAUCGGUGUUACAGUCGGUGAGGCCAAGAACCCCCGCAAGACUGUCCCCGCUGCCAUCAAGAAGACGUUCUACCGUAUCCUCUUCUUCUACAUCAUCCUCAUCCUGCUCGUGGGCAUGAUUGUCGACCCCAAGGGCAAGGAGCUUGCCGCGGCCAAGAGCAAGGGUACCGCCGGUGGUGCGUCUGCCUCGCCCUUCGUCGUCGCCAUCCAGAUGGCGCACAUCAAGACCCUGCCGUCGAUCCUCAACGCGUGUAUUCUGCUCUUCACCUUAUCGGCCGCCAACUCGGACCAGUACAUUGCCUCGCGUACGCUCUACGGCAUGGCCAAGGACGGCCAUGUCCCCAAGGUCUUUACCAAGUGCACCAAGCGUGGUGUUCCCUGGGUCGCGUUCCUGUUCACUGCCUGCUUCAUGGGCCUCGCGUUCCUCGUCGCCGACAACAACGCGUACGCAGUCUUCAUCUACUUCACCUCGUCCGUCACCAUCUGCGGUUCUCUCUCGUGGAUCUCGAUUCUCUCGUCGCACAUUGCGAUGAUGAAGGGCCUGCGCGCGCAGGGCAUCUCGCGGGACACUCUUCCUUACAAGGCGCCUUUCCAGCCCUACCUGACCUACUUUGCUCUGGGCUUCACAAUCCUCCUCACCAUCUUCAAGGGCUUUGACGCGUUCAUCCACUCGCCCAACGCCGCCAAGAACAAGACGUUUGACUACAAGUCGUUUAUCACCCACUACAUUGCGGUCCCCGUCUAUGUGUUCGGGUACCUCGGCUACAAGUGGCGCCACAAGACCAAGAUGGUCAAGCCCCUCGAGAUGGACCUUGACUCUGGCGCCCGCGAGUUUGACGAUAUUGUGGUCGACGAUGAGGAGGAGGCCCACUACGCCAGCCUCAGCUUGGGGGGCAAGAUCAAGUGGCACCUCCUCAACUGGUAA